CUAACAACCAUCAACUUUACAUACCAGGACGUUACCAUACUCCAUAUUGCCGGCAGCUAAUUUCUCACCCAAGAAACAUAACGCCAACCUCUGCACAACACAACAUGGACAUCGAGCCUUCCCUACCGCACGCCGAGCGUCACUCCUCCCACAGCGCCCUUCUUGGCCCGAUCAUUAUUGGCUUCGCAGACGGCCUCACUGUCCCCUUCGCUCUCACUGCGGGCCUCUCCUCCGUCGGCUCCCUCAACCUCGUCAUCCUUGGCGGUCUCGCCGAGCUCUUCGCUGGUGCCAUCUCCAUGGGCUUAGGCGCGUAUCUCGCUGCCGCCACCGAAGACAAGCACUACCGCGUUGAAGAGGCGCGGGAGUGGGAGGAGGUGGAGACCUGUCCGGAGAUGGAGGAGGCAGAGAUUUAUGAGUUGAUGUUGAAGGAGUAUGGGCUGGGGAGGGAGUGUAUCAAGCCGGUUGUGGAAGGGUUAAUGAAGGAUAAGGGGAUGUGGGUGAAGUUCAUGAUGGAUUUCGAGCUCAAGCUCGCGAGGCCCACAACUUCGAGACGGUGGGUUGAAGCUCUCUGCAUGGGCGUGUCGUACUUCCUCGGUGGACUCGUGCCGAUGAUUCCGUACUUUGCGUACAAAGACGUCAACUAUGCGUUGUUUACUUCUAUCGGAGUUACAGUCGUGAUUCUUGUCAUUUUCGGAUACGUCAAAGCUAUCGUCACGGGUUGUACCAGGCAUGACGCUUGCAUUAGUUCGAUGCAGACGUUGGCGAUUGGAGUCUUGGCAUCGGCCACGAGCUAUGGGAUUGUCAGAGGGUUUAAUCAGAUCCGGCCAGUGCAUCCAUAACUUUUUCCAUGAUAAAUGAUAGGUACGGGACGAUGCCUAUACUUCAUUUGGGCUCAAGGUUAA